CGGACGGGAGGGGCGGGGCCGCCGCCGCGCCGGCGGGCCGAGUGCGGCCUCAGUCGACUGCGGGCUGUCUUCCGCGCGGCUGAGAGGAUGGGCUUCUCGGCCGCGGCCCGGCUGUGGGGCCCGCCGGGGCUGCUCCUGACCUUCGUCCUGCACCCGGCUCUGUGCCUGCGCCCAGCCCAGACCUCGGCGCCCCCUCGCCGGGACUACUGCGUCCUGGGCGCGGGGCCCGCGGGCCUGCAGAUGGCCUACUUCCUGCAGCGGGCCGGGAGGGACUACGCGGUGUUCGAGCGCGCCCCGCGGCCCGGCAGCUUCUUCACGCGCUACCCGCGCCACCGCAAGCUCAUCAGCAUCAACAAGCGGCACACGGGCAAGGCCAACGCCGAGUUCAAUCUGCGCCACGACUGGAACUCUCUGCUCAGCCACGACCCCCGGCUGCUCUUCAGACACUACUCCCGCGCCUACUUCCCCGACGCGGGCGACAUGGUGCGCUACCUGGGCGACUUCGCAGACCAGCUGGGGCUCCACGUGUUGUACAACACAACCAUUACCCACGUCACUCUGAACAAGGACCGGCAGGCCUGGAACGGCCAUUACUUCAUCCUGACCGACGGGAUGGGUCACGCACACCGGUGCAGCGUGCUUCUUGUGGCCACCGGUUUGUCGGUCCCCAACCAGGUUGACUUCCCUGGCUCCGAAUAUGUAGAGGGGUACGAGUCUGUGUCCGUGGACCCCAAGGACUUCGAGGGUCAGAAUGUGCUGAUCCUGGGGCGUGGGAACUCUGCCUUUGAGACAGCAGAGAACAUCUUGGGUGUCACCAACUUUAUCCACAUGCUGAGCCGCUCCCGGGUCCGACUGUCAUGGGCCACCCACUACGUAGGAGACCUCAGGGCCAUCAACAAUGGCCUGCUGGACACCUACCAGCUGAAGUCCUUGGAUGGGUUGCUUGAGUCUGACCUGACGGAUCUGGCUGUCGUGAAGGACCGCGAGGGCAAAUUCCACGUCACCCUGAAGUUCUUCCUGGAGGAAGGCAACCAGAGUGCCGACACCAUCACCCUCCCCCAGGACGACAGCGACAACUUUGCCAUGCGCGUGGCCUACGACCGGGUCAUCCGCUGCCUGGGCUGGAACUUCGACUUUUCCAUUUUCAACAAGUCCCUCCGACUGUCUUCUGGGGGUGAGUUCAGCAAGAAGUACCCGCUGGUCAGAGCUAGCUAUGAGUCCAAAGGAAGCCGGGGCCUCUUUGUGCUGGGCACCGCCAGCCACUCUGUGGAUUACCGGAAGUCUGCCGGGGGCUUCAUUCAUGGAUUCCGAUACACAGUGCGUGCUGUUCACCGCCUGCUGGAGCAUCGCCACCACGGCGUCGCCUGGCCCUCCACCCAGCACCCCAUCUCGCAGCUGACCAGUUCCAUCGUCCGGCGCGUGAACGAGGCUUCUGGGCUCUACCAGAUGUUCGGUGUGCUGGCCGAUGUCGUCCUGUUGAAGGAGAACGCCACGGCAUUUGAGUACCUGGAGGAGUUCCCCAUGCAGAUGCUGGCCCAGCUGGAGACCAUUACAGGAAGGAAGGCCAGGCAUGGGCUCUUCGUCAUCAACAUGGAGUACGGCAGAAACUUCUCUGGCCCUGACAAGGACGUGUUCUUUUAUGACCGGUCUGUCGGGCACACAGAAGACGCUUGGCAGUCUAACUUCCUCCAUCCCGUCAUCUACUACUACAGGCACCUCCCCACCGAGCAGGAGGUGAGGUUCCGCCCUGCUGACUGGGCCCUGCCUCGGCCCACCGCCAUCCACCACAUUGUGGAAGAUUUCUUGACAGACUGGACCGCCCCGGUGGGGCACAUCCUACCUCUGAGGCGCUUCCUGGAGAACUGUUUGGACACCGAUUUACGAAGCUUCUAUGCAGAAUCCUGCUUCCUGUUCACCCUAACACACCAGAAGCUGCCGCCCUUCUGCCAGCAGGGGUACCUGAGAAUGCAGGGGCUCGUGGGGACUGAGAGCCUCUGGCGGCACGGAGUGGAGAGCGGGCUCCUCCGGGACUACGCCAUUGUGGGCAGGCGCCGUGAGGACCAGGGCCAGGGGCCACUAAGUAGCUCCCAGGCCCCAGGGCCUCCGGUCCAGCCCCUCGACAGCAACAAGGAGGAGCUGUGACCGCC